AUGUAUAGAAACAAUAUUCCACGGCAUAUUUCUUCCAUUUUGCCCACGAAGUGUGCUAGAAAUAGUUAUUUUUACUUCCCCAAACACAUUUUAUACCCAGGAAUCAUCAAUAAACGUUUAUGUAGAUCUUUAAAUUCAUUAUUUUCUAUAACGCAACGUUUAAUUUUAUCGUUUUACAAUGACGGGGCAGACAGUUGUUCUGCUUAUGGAGAUAAGCACAAAGAUUUUACAGCGCAAAACGGAAAAUUUGACAAGAAUUUACGAUCAGGUUUGGGUUCAUUCAGCGCAUUCAAUCCUGAUAUUCAGUCGAAGCUUCAGAAUUUAAAAAAUUAUUCUAGAAAAUUGACUACAUCUGGAACAAUUUCUAGCCACUGCUUUUUAAACGCUGAACAGAAUCACAAUCAUAUUCAAAAUACAUUUGGGGUGGGCAAAUGCCACUAUUCGUCCGAUAGAAUAAUGAAAGGAAGUAAUUUAUCCGUAUCUAAAACUUCUAGAGCCCUGCAAAUUACAGACUUAGUGGUAGGGAUGAUCACUGGAGCUACUUUCGAUACUAUUAAGCGAAUAGCCAAAGGUCAACGCACCAAUUGGAAGGAAUCAUUUCUAUCUGAAGCUAAUAUGAAUAGACUUACUGAUUCUGUCUGCAAAAUGAGGGGAGCUGCAUUGAAGUUAUGCCAAUUUUUGAGUAUGCAACAAAAUGCAUUGCCUCAACCAUUGCUAGAUGCUUUAGCCAAUGCUAGAAACAGAGCAGAUUUUAUGCCACAGGAACAGGUGUUACACAUUUUAACUUCUGAAUUUGGCGAUAAUUGGCGUGAUAAAUUUGACCAAUUUGAUUUAACACCAAUUGCCAGUGCCAGUAUUGGUCAAGUGCACCUGGCAAAUGUAAAGGGUAGGCAGGUUGCCGUUAAGAUUCAAUUUCCGGGUGUAUCCGAUUCUAUAGUAUCGGACAUUGAUAACUUUAUAAAGCUAUGUGACAUAUUACAUCUUGUCCCCGAAUCUAUGUUUAUCGACAUUUUUGGCAAAGAGAUAAAAUCUGAAUUAUUAUCAGAGUGCCAUUAUUUAAAUGAGGCUGAAUUUUAUCGCAUUUUCAAGCAAUUACUUGGGGGAUUAGAUGGGUUUUAUGUACCAGAUGUAUUGAGUGGUUUAACAACCAAUAAAAUUCUAACGACAGAAUUUGUUACGGGGAUAUCAUUAGAUCAGGCUGCAACGAUCUUAAGUCAGGAUAAGCGCAAUUCUAUUGGAUCUAGAUUGUUAAAACUAGUACUGAAUGAGCUAUUCGCGUUCCAACUAAUGAAUACCGAUCCCAACCCUAGAAAUUUUAUCUAUGAUAUUGAAAAUGAUAUAAUCAAUCUCAUAGAUUUUGGAGCAGUCCGUCAUUACAAUGAGAAAUUCAUUAAUGAUUACCGGGAAAUUGUAAAAGCUUCAAUUUUAGGAGACAAAGAGAUGAUUAAAAAACUAUCCUAUUCACUUGGAUUCUUGUGCGAAAAAGAUACUGAUGAGAUGAUAGAUACUCAUAUCAAUUCUGUACUACUAAUUGGGGAACCAUUGAGAAACGAUGAAUACGACUUUCGUAACAACGAAAUAAUUGAAAAUAUAAGGGCAAAGACAGCUAAAAUGAUUAAGAUCAGAAGUAAGCCCCCUCCACCAGAAGUAUACACCCUGCAUCGUAAGCUCGCAGGGUGUUACUUAUUGUGUCAUAAUUUGUCAGCCAAAAUUUAUACCGCAUAUUGUAAGCAGAUAUUAGAAAUCGACUAA